UCGUCAACGGAACCCGUCCACAGGCGGGACAUGGUCGAUUUGGAGGAAUCCGAACCGCAGGCUAAACGCAGGCGACAGGACCGUGAUUCAGACCUCGCCGUCGGAGGACAGCAUGCGCUGCAGGAAUCCAGCCAAGACAGCCAGAGCAGCCCAGCCGAGAACGGCUCGAGUGCCGGAUCGGACAACUCGGGUCCGGACUCGCCGGUGGGUGCCGACGACGCUCUGGGCGGAGUGGUGAACGGUCUUGGCUCCCUUCCGCCCCAGCAGCCGCCACCCAGUCAAGCGCAGCAGCUGGCCGAGCCAUACCCGACCGCUGCCUGGAACCUCUGCAGCGCCCAGAACCAGGAGGCCCUCGCGAAACUGCACCAGGGCUCGCUGGACUACGCGGACUCGUCGCUGGGUCCCGUGACCGCACCGUACGUGACCGACGGCUCCUUGGGCGACAGGCUCAGCUGCGGACGGCUGGGAGCCGCCGUGUCUCCGACGGACGCCGACCCGCUUCCCUCCAAGAGCAGCCCCGCCGCUGCACUGGACUGCGCCGCCUACGCGCCCUACUACACCAGCAUGCAGGCGUACAGCCAGCUGAACAGUGGUUCCUACUCGAUGCCGGCGUCGAGUCUAUACGGCACCCAAUCCGGCCAGGCGUACGGCUCGGACGUCCUCUCCUCGUACGGUUCCCGACAGGGCUCUUCAGCAAACUCAACGACUGGCCAGGGCAAGUCUAACCUGGCCCAGUCUUACCUGUACGGCUCCGGUGGAUUCGCCACCUCCAACGGAACCCAGAGUCCCGCGGCCCAGGCGGCACAGGGACACUACGCCUAUGGUUCCAGCUACGCGGGCGGUGGGUUCGGCGGCUCCGCCCAGGCGGCCGGCGGCGGCGCCAGUGCGGCGCAGACGGCGCUCGACUACUCUGCAGGCUACGGCGGCUACGGGGCAGCGCAGGGCUACCCGUACUACGCCCAGGGCUACGGCUACGUCCAGGCAGCCGCGGCGGCGGCGGCAGCGUGCGCCUCUCCGCUGGCGCCCUCUACCUACCAGCUGGCACAGCUGCCACCGUCGCAGCAGCACGUGGACGGCUCGUACGGCGCCGACGGCAGCCCCUCCCCGCCCGCCAAGUGCGACCCCGUCACUGGUGGAGCCAAGAAAGGUCGCAGCGGCCGGGGCCGGGGUCGGCGGCAGGCGAAUCCAUCUCCGGACCCCGAGAACAGCCUGGAGCGGGUCUUCAUCUGGGACCUGGAUGAGACAAUCAUCAUCUUCCACUCCCUACUCACGGGUACCUACGCCGGACGAUACGGAAAGGACACCCCAUCCUCAGUGCAAUACGGACUAGGAAUGGAAGAGAUGAUUUUCAACUUGGCCGACUCUCACUUCUUCUUCAACGACCUCGAGGACUGUGACCAGGCGCACAUCGAUGACGUGGCGUCGGACGACAACGGCCAGGACCUUAGCAACUACAACUUCGCGGCCGACGGCUUCCAGGCGGGAGGCGUCGGCGGAUCGGGCGGCCCAGGCGGCCUCUGCCUGUCGUCGGGAGGCAUGCGCGGCGGCGUGGACUGGAUGCGCAAGCUGGCCUUCCGCUACCGGCGCAUCAAGGACAUCUACAACCAGUACCGCUCCAACGUGGCCGGACUGCUGGGACCCAAACGAGACCAGUGGCUACAGCUGCGCGGAGAGAUCGAGGCCCAUACCGACAGCUGGCUCACGCUCGCCAUGAAAUGCCUCUCCGUCAUAAACUCGAGGUCUACAUGCGCCAACGUGCUGGUGACGACGACGCAGCUUGUGCCCGCCCUAGCCAAGGUCCUCCUGUACGGCCUGGGCGGGGUGUUCCCUAUCGAGAGCGUGUACAGCGCCACCAAGAUCGGCAAGGAGUCGUGCUUCGAGCGCAUCGUGGCCCGCUUCGGGAAGAAGUGCACCUACGUAGUCGUCGGCGACGGCAAGGACGAAGAAGCGGCCGCCAAGCAGAUGGGCUUUCCCUUCUGGCGCGUCAGCAGUCACUCGGACCUGGCGGCGCUCCACCACGCUCUCGACCUUGGUCACCUGUGAGCGGCUCCAAACAGAAACCACGAACGGGGAGAGGGACCACUACGACCACCACAUUCCGAAGAGGGAAGCGUCCCGCACUGGGAAACGGAUCGAAAACGCGCCUGCGUCUUACAUCAUGGACAGCCCUCACACCUCAUACGGCACGUGCGUCGCACCGUCGGGAACUGUGCCGAGUAGUUCUGCCGUUUUAAAUUGAGUUCGCAUGGGGACACAACCGGCCAGGAUGCGAAUGUCCUGCCGUGUCUUGAUGCAACCGCCCUAGUCCCUAUGACAGCGCCUGGGUGUUGCUACUUAGUGUGUGCAAGAAAGGACUGCCUUGCCUCCCGUGAUGUUGUGGGUGAGGGAGAUGGGUGUGUAUUGAUUCGGUCACCAGUGACUCGAGGUGACCCCACCGUGCCGACCCGGCUGCCGAAAGUGUACCGAAGACACGUGACAAAGGACCACGUUCCGCUCAGCCACCACCUCAGUGCUGUUUCUUGUGCCAACUACGCCGUGUCACCAUAAUUUCUCCCCGUUGAUUUGUCAUAUUGAGUUUCGUUGGCACAUUUCUAAAGUGACGCUCUAUGGGCUUCGUAUUGCUUUAAUUGUUUCUCGCUUCAAAUGGCUGAGUGCGUGUAACUUAGGCUCUAGUUCCGCGAUUCAGUCCCGCAAUUAAGUACGAGAUGCAAUUUUAUUACUUUGGUUCAAUAGAUACAAGUGUACAUGCGUCACUAAACGCAAAAAAAAAAACUUUCAAAAGUUGAGUUGAAUAGGAAAGUGCCCAUUAUACUGUUACAGGAGUCUACAGCAUUUCAAUGCACUGUAUGUAGCGUAAGAACUCUUUUGUGGUUAGCCGCGAACAAGUGUGAUAAGCUUACAACAUCGCAUUGACACGGACUUCGUGGCACUACUACUGCUUGAUUCCCGUAUUGCAGCUGCCUCAUUACUAUAGUUCAAUGAACUACAAUCAUGUAUAUGUGUUUGUGCUUACAUUAUUGUGACAUUGAACUAGCAGCUUCUUCGGCCACGAUAUCAAACAUGCCCCGAUUAGCUUAUAAAAUUUCGUUUGAUCGUCUUUGCCAGCACGCAGUAAUAUUGCGCGUACUGUGUCAUUAGAACACCCGGCCCGACGUGUCUUCUUGCAACGCGCAGACAUUUCACAGUCGUGAUCAGUAUGGGGGAGAACGCGCCAUCUGCCGACUUAUUUCUUAUAAUUUCAAUGCCAUUUCAAGUUUUUAAGAUUGUACUUCACAUAACGGACUUACGUUUUGUGUGCGAUUGGUAGGUUUGUCGACAUGAAUUGGAAGGCCAUCCAGCUUUUUUUUUUAUUUGGAGUCUUGCAACUCCUGAAAUAGAUAUCUGUUGUUCUUAUAUCGUCAAGUGGAAGUUAGGAAACAAGCAGCUUGACCGGCUGGCGAUUUCGGAAGGAUAAAUCAGUCAUCAAGGGUGUUGAGGACCAUAGCCGGCACUUCGUGGCUUGCCAUGACACGAUGACUGUAUAUUUAGUUGACACGAGGUUGACAGCCAAUUUCUGAAAAUUUCAAGUGUAAAUUUAUAGACGCGAAGCAGCUCUUUGAAUCACGUGUAACGCCGUACGUACGCGCGUCCGUACGAACGUGCCGCAACGCGUUCCCGUCGCCGCAGGUGCUCAAGCGGUGCCAAAUAGGUCACGCCGCAGCUGCGCGUUGACGUCACACUCGCCUCGCACGCUUCUCCCACAGGUUCGCGCUGACGUCAUUAUCUCUCUCACCCGCAGCGCGCUCGCCGCAGCGCCUGCAGCUGCCGGCUCUUCCGCCCACUCGCAACACACUUCCCCUCUCGCUUCACCCUCUCCACCGCUCGAAACGCUCAGCCGCACGUCGAGAGAGAACACUUUUUCGGCUCGUUUAUCUGCGAUGACACUAACACGAUACCCAACCCUCCUCUCGUGUUUUUGCGUUUCAAACAAACGUACACUAGAGUAAACGGAACACCGAGUUUCGCUUCAGACCGGUCUUCCAGUAGCGGCGUCGAAGCCCGUUUAAACCAGGUCAACGCCGUGCGUACCGCUGCUGCUUCACAUUCCAUCAGGGUCCCCUUCGAAGAGAUGGUCUACAAUUUUUAGUACGAAUGAACAAGCUUCGAUUCAUUUUUCCAGACUUGUUAAGGCCGCUUCCCAAACGUAAGCUGCUGACAUUGCUUCGUUUAUUUAGCGAUUAACUUGAGCGCUCUGCUCCGAGCAGUAGGGCUUCCACAUUCGUUUGUACGUGCAUUCUUGCGCGUGAUUGGUACAGUCAAGGAAGAAACAACACAGCGACUCACACUGUCAAGCACAAUGCACCUGCAAUUGGUUACGUAGCUCACCACGUCAGGUGUAUAGGCGCGCGCCAGCACGAGUUUCACGAGAGCUGGCUGGUAUUCGUAUGAAUUAACGGAAGGCUGGGCUGGCAGCGGGGAGCUAUUCGAACUCUAAGCGAAAUAGUACAGGCGAAAAAAGCGUAGGAAUCUUCACUGAUCGCAGUCGAUUUGGACGUCCACAUAGUAUUUAUAACGCGCCUUUAAUUUUUUGGCGCACAUUUCGUAGCAUGAUAUGUUCUUUUAUUAUUCUAUCGCAUAGCCGUCCUUUGUUCUAUCAGAUGUUUUCCGCAAAUUCAGUACCACUUCAGGACUAUCUACAUUCGAGCUUUCGUGCAUCUGUAGCAAAAUAGGUGAACUCUCUGGCCGCGUUUCAGAAGUUCAAAAGUCUAAAGCGUAUCGAAGUCAAUGGUCGAAACGUCCUACAUAAGCGUAGGACGUUUCGCAUAUUACUUCAACAAAAAAAAACUUUCAAGAAAUGCUUGGGCCCUCUAAUUUGGUUGGGCAUACUACCGAAGCCUCUAGAUACACAAAUUCGCAAGACCUGCAAGUCGUGUACUUCGCAUUUUCCUUAGGAUCUCGUUACUUGUUCGUUUCCAUGGUGGCCGACGCUGUAUAUAAACCAACACAGAAGCUGGUUUCACAUUACUGCAUUUAGUGUUACUAGCCACUCGUCUACGAAGUGAUUGCCUUUACUCAACAGCUCGAAGCCAAAGAUGCGCUUGUCCGAGGAGACGAGAGAAUGAAAUAUAGAUCACGUGACUGUAGACUUCAAGUGCUGCUAUCCUGGUAACCAAGAGAACCAAUAAAAGCCAGACAUUUCGGUCCGACUCAA